CACUCCCCCAGUUUGAAGAGAUCUUUUUGAAGCACCUCACAAUCUGCUUUGGAUUUCACUACCCUGAAUAGUUUAGUGUCAUCUGCAAAUUUGGCCCCAUAUCACCCCAACUUGUAGAUCAUUUGUGAACAAGUUAAAGAGCACUGGUUCGAGUACUAAUCUUACUUUGCUCCAUUGUGAAAACUGCCCAUUUAUUCCUUCCCUCUAUUUCCUGUCCUUCAACCAGUUACCAAUCCACAUAUGAACCUGUCGCCUUAUCCCAUGACUGCUAAGUUUACACAAGAGCCUUGGGUGUGGAACUUGGUCAAAAGCUUUUUGGAAGUCUAAGUAUACUAUGUCAACUGGAUCACCUUUGUUCACACACCUGUAGACACUCUCAAAGAACUAAAAAAAAAAAGGAAUGAUCUUGGAUUCAUUGCAAUGGUAUAACAGUAGUAGCAAAAGUGAAUUGAACCAUGGUGUGCUUGGAUGGCUUGUGUUACCUUUGAGGCGAGAAGAAAUAUAAUUUCCUUGCUCAGCCACAAAGUUUUCUCGGUGAGUGUAUACAAGUUACUUUUUCAUGCAAGGUUAUUGUGAUGCAAAUAAAUUAAUAGUAAAACACACUUUAUGCUCAGAACAAAUGAAAAAUACUAAGUUCCAUUCAUUAAUGAGGCUUAAUUGCUUUUUUCUGGAAACUGAAAGCCACAGCAAAUGCUUCUCUAUCCAUUACAUGCAUUAUUCAGAAAUAUUUUGUUUUUUGAAGGUGCCUUCUGAGGACAAAUAUUAAGAAAGAUCCAUGAACUGACAAACCGCAUAUAGUUUUUCACGUAAGAUGAUGAGGUUAAUUACUCGAGUGAGGUGAUAUAAAUUAGCAGAAAUGUCUGAGAGUAUUAAAUAUGUUGCUUUUGGAAGCAGCUAGAAAGGAGAAAUUUAUAGAUCCACCUCUGCCUCAUUUUUAAGCCCUACUUUCUCUUAGUAGGUUAGGUGGUUCUUUGGUAAUGUAUCUUCUCUUGCCGAGGCCCAAAUCCAAACUGGAUGAGCAGGUGGAGAGUGCAAGCCGAUCUCAGUGAAUUUCUGUUCAGUGGGGCACAAGGGAUUUCUUUGGAGGCAAACCCCUGCAGCCUGCAUCCAGACCUGGAACCAGAACUCGAGGUGCUUCUUUGCAGGAGAAAUGGAUCCCUCUCUGAAGAUAUUGCUUUCUCUGCUUAGUGUAUCUCACACUUUAUUCAGCACAGCAAGAGCAGACAAGCAAAAUUCAUCGUUCGAGGUUUGGUAUUCAUCAUUUUUUAAUAUUAACCAAACGAUUGAAAUUGAAUCGGGCAAUUCCAGUUCAAACAUAACCCAACUUAACCACUCUGAAGACAUUGAAAGAUACUUGACUAGUUUAUGGCUGACCUGUUUCGUUCCUUCCGUUCACACCUUUGUGGUUGUACUGAGUCUCCCUCUAAACAUUAUAGCAAUUCUCAUCUUCGUGACCAAAAUACAGCUUAAGAAGCCAGCUGUGGUGUACAUGCUCAACCUGGCUUCUGCUGACGUACUCUUUGUGAGCGUAUUGCCUUUUCAGAUUGUCUACCGUUUUUCUGGACACAACUGGAUAUUUGGACCAGAAAUGUGCCGUUUUGUCACAGCUGCUUUCUACAGCAACAUGUACUGCUCCAUACUGCUGAUGAUGGUGAUAAGCGUUGAUCGUUUCCUGGCAGUGGUGUACCCGAUGCAGUCUUUGUCCUGGCGCACUGUAAGGCGAGCCUAUACGGUGUGCUUGGCCAUAUGGAUUGCAGCCAUAGCUGGUGCGAUACCUCUGCUAAUGACUGAGCACACAAAGAGAUUAUAUCAGUUAAAUGUUACUACCUGCCAUGAUGAGUUAGAUCUCUCUGUUAUUGAAAAGUUUCGCUAUUACUGGUGUACAUUAUCUGUUUUCUUCUUUUUUAUCCCAUUCAUAAUAUCUACCACCUGUUAUGUGGGCAUUAUAAGGAAGCUUUCUUCAUCCAAUGUUGCUGCAAAGGCAGGUAAGAGGAGACGUGCCGUAUUUUUAUCUGCAGCUGUUUUGUGCUCUUUUAUUCUUUGUUUUGGGCCAACCAAUGUCACAAUAUUGAUGCAUAACCUUUCAGAUGGGCAACAAUUGGAGCGUCUCUAUUUUGCCUACUUGCUGGCAACCUGUACUGGUGCAAUAAACUGUUGCAUUGAUCCCUUGAUCUAUUUUUAUGCCUCCUUGCAGUGUCAAAGGCAUGUCUACAAUCUCUUGGGCUGUAAAAAGCAUUCUGAUGUUGAAAAAGACAGCCAGACAACAAGCAGUAAUAUGGCAACUUUUUCCAGUGGUUUGAAUUCUUUGUCUCAAGCAUAAUAUUUUAGAGUUGAAUCUGAUAUUAUAUUCUCAUUCAUAGAUUUGGGCCUUGCAUGUUACAUUAGUUCACUGCCACUG